AUGGAAUUCCAAAAAUUCUUAUUAAUAUAUUAUAUAUAUUUAUGGGAAAUAAUAUAUAGAAUCUUUCCGAAACUUAUUAUAGAUCAACAAAUCAUAAUAAAUUAUUCAUUUGUUAGAUUAAAAGUUAAGGGAAUUUUAAGUUCACUCCAAGAUUUUGAUUCACAAAGUUUUCGAUCAGAUUGGGGAAAUGUAAUUUCAGCAUCUUUACAAGUAUCAUUUCCAACAUCAUGUAUUGGAGAUAUAAUUAAUAUGGGAUAUGUAUCUACAGAACUUGAUGAGGAUGAUUAUGGAUUUAAUACUAAUUGUUAUGCAAAUAGUGAAACAAAUAAUUUAUGUUUUCCAGGAGAAAAUAUAGUUUUAUCUAAAACUAGAGGAUAUAUUCCAAUUAAAGAAUUAAAAAUUGGCGAACAUAUCUUAACUUUUGAUUAUAAAUCAUUAAAAACAAAAUAUAGUGAAGUUAUUAUGAUGCUCCACAAUGAUCCAAAUUUUUAUCCUGAUGAUAAUUGGAUUAUAAUAAAAUAUCUGAAUGUAGAUAUACCUUUAAUUUUAUCACCAAAUCAUUUAAUAUUUAAAUUAGAUCUUGGUGAUUUUCCUCAAAAAGGAGAUUGUGAAAUAAACACAACUAUAUUUUCUCAUUUUCAUAAUAUAUAUAUAAAUAAUAAAAUAGAUCACUUUAAAGUUGUUUCUGUGUUAGCUAAAGACAUAAGAAUAGGAGAUGCAUUAAUUAUUAAUUCAAUUAAUGGUAUAAUAGUUAGUUGGAUAACUGAUAUUAAUAUUUAUAAUGUUGAAUCUCAAAAAUAUUUGCAGCUUAAAGGACGUUAUUCACCAUUAACUAAAGAUGGGCAUUUAAUAGUUAAUAAUGUAUUUGUUUCAAGUUUUAGUAAACCAUAUCAAUGGCCAGUAAAUAUAAUACAACCAAAUCAUUUAUUCUUAUUUAAAAUACUUAAACCAUUUAUAUUCCUUCAGAUAUACAUAUAUAAAAUUUCUUACAUUAGAACAUUAAUUCAAUAUAUUAUCAAAUUUGUAAGUUAUUUCUCAAAUUAUAAAUAUGAUAAUUCAAUACCAGAAAUUUUGCAAUUAUUAAGAAUCUUCCUAGCUCCUAUAUCAAAAAAAAAAUAUUAUUUAACUAUAGCUUAUAUAAUAAAAUUAUACCUCGUUAUUUUUUUAAUAAGUAAUAUAUUUACAAUGAUAUUUAUAAAUAAGAUUUAUUACAAUAAAUAUUCUUUAAAUUAUCAUAAUUGCUAG